AUCUUCCUUUUCAACAUCGUCCGCAUCCUUAUGACCAAACUCCGGGCGUCCACCACAUCUGAGACCAUCCAGUACAGGUACCUGGCUCCCACCGCCCCCACCCACGGGGCUGUCAGAGUCCCUGCCUCUGAGGCCUGGCAUUGCCUCCUGAAUCCACAGCUCCCCCACCUCAGACAUGUCCGAGAUCUGGCCCCCUUCCCCAGGCCCGGUCCUUGUUACCAGCCAGACGCCUAACCUCUUCCGGCUGGGUUCUGACUGGGGGCCUCCCAUCCGCACCCCCAGGAAGGCUGUGAAGGCCACUCUGGUGCUACUGCCUCUCCUGGGAAUCACCUACAUGCUGUUCUUUGUCAACCCUGGGGAGGAUGAAGUCUCCCGGGUCGUCUUCAUCUACUUCAACUCCUUCCUGGAAUCCUUUCAGGGCUUCUUCGUGUCCGUAUUCUACUGUUUCCUCAACAGCGAGGUGAGGACCCAGGUCCGCUCUGCUAUCCGCAAGAGGUGGCACCGAUGGCAAGACAGACAUUCCAUCCGUGCCCGGGUGGCCCGUGCCAUGUCUAUCCCCACCUCCCCGACCCGGGUCAGCUUCCACAGCAUCAAGCAGUCUACAGCACUCUGAGCUACAGGCCAUGCAAAGCAGCCCAGAGACCUGUGGCCGGGAAGACGAUGGCCAGGCUCACUGACCACCCCAUAUACGGGGACAACCAGCACCUCUCCCCGAGGAGCAGCAGCCCCGGAAGUCUGGGGGGGCCCAUACAUCCCAAAGCAGCAGGCCUUCUAUGCUGAUGUCUGCACUGUGGCCUACAGGGCUUGGCUGGGCCCAGGGCCUCUGGCCCCCCUUUGCCCCAAGUCCUCGAUGGGAACGGGAUGGAAGUGGAAAGCUGGACCAGCCACCACAGCACCCAGGGCCCUCUUAGAGCUGUCUUCUCACAGAGCACAGAGACCUGGGCUUCCCUGCGACUGUAGGGAGGUGACUCACUGCCCCAGGACACCACGGAAAACUCGCGUGACAGCAUCCAAUCACCGCAAUGCCCAGGCCUUAGCAGUGUCUUUGGACACCACUGAGAACCAAGUAGAGAGCCCUGGAGACAUCAUGAGAAAUCAGGUGACAUCAUCAGAUAUUGGACCACUCCCAAGUCACCAAAACACCAUCGGCACCGUGGCACUGCCACUACAAAUGCCCUGCCUUGCUGCCUUGCGCCCACGGAUGUUCACUGCCCUGUAGGUCACCCCAGCUUCCCCUCACUUACCCACCAACAGUACCCUCACGUCCUGCCUCUGGGUAUCUCCCCAUUUGGGCACUGCAGUGGUGUGUGGAUGUGCCCCAGCCAAGGCCAGCCUCCCUCGAAGGACGCAGAACCUGCUGCUUUGGGCCAGGCGCUCCAGCAGAGCAAAGGGAAAGGGCCCCUUUCUGCCCAAGUGCCCUGGACAGGACAAGUGGAACGUCCAGCUCCUGGCACAUCCAGCUGGUACUGAGCUUGCCCUGUUCCGGGGCAGAAUGACCAGCCCCCAGCAGGAUGCCAUGUCCAGAGGGUUGGGCUACAGAGCACGCUCAGGGGUGGGAACCAGGAGAUAAGGGUGCCGUCUGCAAGGGGGAAGACUAUGUAUAUAAUAAUAUUUAUCUUUUCAGCCAGCAUUUGUGAAGGCCUGUGUGCCACUGCGGAGGGGGAGAGGGGGCCUUAGAGAAGUGGGCACCCUUUUCAGCCUUCCAGGGCCAUCGUGCUGCUGAGAAACCUGACACUACUCACACCUCGUCUCUGGCAGGCACACACGGGCUGAGAGGGGGAACUGGAGAGCUUAGAGGGAAGAGAGGUCUGGCCAGGCUGGUUAGUAAAGGACAGCUCUUGGCAAAGGGGAAAGUCAGGGAGAGAAGUGUUAAAGCUGCAGGAGAGGAUUGCAGCAGUAAGAGGACAAAGCAGGAGUGAGGCCCUGCCCUGGGGAAACCCAAGCUGAGAAGCGGCCAACAGGGUUAGGAAGUUGGGGAGGCUGAGCAGACCUGAGAUGCUGUCCUACACUACGACCCCCCAGAAGCUGGCCUUGAGACCAGGUCUCUAUUAUAAACUCAAGGAGAGAACAGGGAGAGGGAGGACCGGUGAGGUCGGGCAAGGAGGGUAGGCAGGAAGCCUGGGUGUGUGAUCCACCAGUACAGCUGCAGGUCGCUGAGCUUCAUCUGGGGAAGCUGGGGGCGGACUGCACCCUGCCCUUCCUUGCCUCGUGAGGCACGCGUCCCACGCACAGAGAGCAUCUGAGAGCCCUCAGGCCAGCACUGGAAAGUCAGGAGAAGGCAGUGUGAGGUGGGUUCCAUGCCAUGGAGUGUGGGUGAGACACCAGACACUCACAAGGGCCCCUGACCAGGGAGGAAGGUUGUGUAGAAGUGUAUGAGCAUCUGCACAUGUACGCACACACACACACGCGCGCGCGCACACACACACACACACACACACACACACACACUGUUCCAGAUCCAAAUGGCUGUCACAAACUCCACAGUGGCGCAGCGUCUGGAGGAGAUGAGGAUGGGUCCUAGGGGUGCCCUGCCCUGCCGGUUUCCAAGUGGAGAGAUGAGGGGGAGCCAGGGGACACCAGGACAGGGAUGGGAUGACGGCUUCUAGAGCACUCACUGGGGUGGGGAUUAGGUACAGGGACUAGCCCUCCUACCUGACAAAGGGACCAGAAGUGACUGCUGAGUGUCAAGUAGCCACAGCUGCAGGAUGAAUGAGAGGUGAGGUAUUCCUGGACUAUGUGGAGGGACCGACGUGCAGCCCAAGGAGGGAGGCGCCUCCGAGGGGCUGGGCGGGAUCUGAGCCUGUUCACUGGCUCCUUCCUGUUGUGCCUCCUGCUUGGUGCAGCUGCUGGGCACCCUCUGGGUGCCUACUGUGCACUCAGCACAGCACUGGGCCAUGGGAGGAGAGAGGCAAACGGCUACCUCGGACAGACAGCACGGACCUGGUCAGAGCCCCUGGGCCAGGAGGGCCAGGGCCAGGCUGCCGUCCAGAGAAGCUGGAGAGUGUCCCUGGACAGCCACUCACCUCAGAGAGACCCAGGAGGAGGGGCGUAAAGCUCUGCUGCCUGCUGUGUGUGUUGUUCUUAGCUUCAGGGCAGGGUCCAGGAGGUCCAGGCCCAGGCGUCUGAGCCGGGCAUCCCGGGAAGGCCCCAGGUGUGAGCCAGUGGGGAUAUGACACAUGUCACUGUCCACUGCCAGUGGGGAGGGGCUGGGCAGUUCAGUUGUAGGGCAGGGGUCACCGAAGUCCUCCAAGACCCAGUCAAGCCUAUCUUUCAGGCCCAGAAGGAUUUUCUCCAGGUCACACCCAGAAGCCAAAGUCCCAUAGCAAUGCCUGUGCCUGAGCCCAUUUCUCCUUGAGGUCCUCCCUGUGGGCACAGAACGGUGAUGGGAGAAAGUUGCACUACUCUCUAGUUAGGCUCCUGUCCCUGAGGGACAUCACAGCCCCUUCCGAAGGUCCUGAGCCACUUCUCCAGGGCCCUGUGCUGACAGGUCAGCCACCCCAGGCCCAGGACUAGGAAACAGAUCUCAGGAAGCCAUGUACCAGGAAAGGAAGGCUUUGAAAUCCAGAUUAUAAUACCUUAACUGGAGCUAUCUGAACAUUGCUUUGCAAUCUAUAAAGUCCUUAAUAACGUGUAUUAUCUAAUCCUCAACUAGUCCAGGGAGGUGGGACCCAGAGCAUUUUGGAGCCAAGGAAACAGACUUAGCAACUCUUCUGGGGCAGAAGGCCUUGGGCUCCCCUUUGAACUCCGGUCUGGUACCAACAAGGCAUCACUGGCUCAAGGGAACAGCGAAGAGGCCUUUGGGUUUCAAAUUAACUUGAAACACUCCCCGCCUGAGGAGAGGGCCCACAAAGGUCACCCGGCAGGUAUGCAGACACUGGGCCCAGCUGGUGGGAGCAAUGAGGGCUCUGUGUACCCAGCACCCCCACUCCUGCACUCCUGAAAAUGAAGCUGAACUACAAACCAUGCAGCUCAGACCACCUGAAGCUACAGAGGCCUCCCCUGCACCCCUCCCACACUCAGUCUGGCCCCUGCGAGGGGUGCCCUGGUCUCCAGCCCAGGGGUGUCUCAGGGUCAUCCUGUCCAGCCCCCUGAUUUCAAACUCAACUGCUGCACAGAGUCGGAACAGACUGGGUGUUUCCUGCAGCUCACCUGCAGCAAUCCUGAUCGCUCCUCGGGGUUCACAGGGAGCCGGGCCUCAUACAGGAACCCCAUCCACUCUUCACACUGCCCUGUGGAGUGGACGCUAUUAUCCCCAUUCCACAGAUGGGAAAAGCUGAAGAGACUGUCUGAGGGCCCCAGCAGUGUCAUGGCCAAAUGAGAACCCAAAGUGGCCUCCACGAAACCCCCAUGCAGCAGGAAAUCUGCAAGGUUGCCCUCCCUGCCCCUCUACCCUGCAUAGUGACCUAUCCGAGGAUGUUCUCCAGGUUCCCAGUCUGAACAAAUAGCACUCAGACCUGAUCUGGCUGAAGAGCCAGAGCCUGCAGAGCACAGGCCUCGGGCUGUCCCCAUCUCGUGUCCCCAGCCAUCCCUGCACUACCUCAGAGCAUUGCUCCCAGCUUCCCCCAGGCCCACCAACCCCUGUGGAUUCUGCUGACACUCAGAGUCAAGAGAGGCCUGGGCCAUUCUCUUUUUUCAAAGCUGUCCGUGUGAUAAUCAACUCCCAUCUGUCUAUCUAAGGGGUCCUGGACAGACCCCUGCUGCCCAGACUCUGCUCACUGGGCCAAGGGAGGCAGGAAGGAGCAGGGGGCCCUCCUAGGGACCUGUGGGUGAUGAGGAACAAGGUAGGCAGCCAGCCAGGGUGGGUUAGAGGGGACCAUGCGCUCCUCCUGCCUCUCCUGCCUUCGUUCCAAGGAUAGGGAACACAGGAAGUAGUCGGGAGGAGGGCGCAGUCAGUAAUCUAGUCUCUUCAGGCCUGCACAUCUCCAGUUCAUGCAGGUGGAAAGAUGCUGGGCCAACAAGCCAGGGCAGAAGGAGAGGCCAGGAAGCUGGGCCCCCUCCUUGCUUCCUGAGUGACAGCCCUGGGCUGAGUCUCACCACCUGGGGUCUGCUGCCCUCACUGUCCUGAGUGGGCAGAGAUGAACGCUCCAGGUGGCACCUAGGUCCAAAUGGAGAGCAGGCCCUAACUGAGGGAAACAGUGAGUGAGGGCAAAGGUGGCCUUGCAGGGGGUGGCACUGAGGAAAGGAGUCCACCUGGAGGCUACAGAGGGUGGCAUCUGCAGAGUCUAGGAACUGAAUUACACAAAAGGCACUAGGCACUCAUGUGAACGCCUUAACCAGGCACCAAGUGGCCACACAGAAGGGCAGUUUCAGGGUUGAUGGGCUGGUGGUAGGGUCAGGGAGGGCUGGAGUUCUGGGGAAGAGUGCCAGGGCUGGUCCCUGAAAACUUUUAGCAAGCUGGGUCCCAGGAAGAGAUGUGGAGAGGGAAGGAUCCUUAGGAGAAUUCUUGAAGCCCAAGGUAGAUCUGGGAGGAGGGACAGAAGCAAGCUGGGGGAUGAGGCAGUGUUUCUUGAUGGGACAUAUUCUGGACUGAGGGUCUCAAGGAAUUGAAAUGAGACUUGUCUGGGGGACAACGCUGCUGGAGGAGCCUGGAGCUGGUCCUUUUUUAGAAAUUGUGGUAAAAUAACUUACCAUUUCAGCCACGUUAAA